UUGUAGAUGCAUUUACCUUAUUCAAUAGGUGCAUGACAUGUAUUAUAUUACCAUAUAUUUCAUAUGCUUCACCAAUAUAAAAAUGACCCCACAUAACCAUUUAGAAACCACCAGCAUCACAUAGAUUCUGCAACACAAAAACACACAAAACAACAAAAGAUAAUCGAAGAAAAAAACCAGACAUCACUGUGUUACAGGAUCAAACUUCACCACUUCACCAUUUUAGUUAACUGUGAUGAAAGCCUUCACAAGUUUUAGUUCAAAACCAAUAAACCUUAAGCUACGGUCUUUGUCUCCCAGAGUUGAUUUUCAUGUUUCUGAUAGACCCUUUUCCUGCUUCACUAUUCCCUUCAGAAAUGAACAAAAAGGGUCCAUUUUUUGUGUUUUGAAAGUUGUUCAAAACAGGGGUUUUUACCCUCUUCAUGCUGUGCCAUCAGAACAUCAGCAGGAGGUAGAGUUGGAAGCUGUUGAGCCUCAAGUUCAACAAAGUGAACAAACAAACGAAUCAAAGCUUGUACGCAUCGAAUUUCGACUGCUAAAAGAUUGUGACUUCGGGGAACAGUUUCUAAUAGUUGGAGAUGAUCCUAUGCUUGGUUCAUGGAAUCCUUUAGAUGCAUUACUAAUGACAUGGUCAGAUGGCCAUAUAUGGACUCUCGAGCUGGAUAUGCCAGCCGGAAAAUCGAUCCAGUACAAGUUCAUACUAAAAGGAAUAGAAGAUGAUAUUAUAUGGCAGCCGGGUUCAGAUCGGAUUAUUCAAACAUGGGAAACUAUGAACAGAAUAAUUGUUUAUGAGGAUUGGGAGAAUGCAGAACUUCAGAAAGUAAUAGAGGAAGAUAAGUUUUCUCAAUCAAAUGAAGAACCUCAAGUUCUAUCAGAAUUGUCAACUUUCACUGAAACACUAGAUGAUUCUCGAGAUAAAAUGGAAUUCGUUGUAUCCAGUGUAUCUGGUAUUGAAGAUACGCGAAUUCAUGACAAGCAGAAACUGAUUGAUGAACAAGUACUUCAACAAAUCACUGGUGAUAUUAUAUCUUCAUCAAUUGAGAAGCCAAUGGCUAUUAUUGCAGAAAAUAUCGGUUCGUCAGAUGAUCGCUUGAAAAGUACAAGUCACAUGACAAAUAAAAGUAAUGUGAUUCGAAAAAGUGAAGGAUCAGAAGAUGGUUCUCAAAAGGAUGAUAAAAUACGUUAUAGCGGAUACAAUGGAAAUGCUGCAGCACUAAACAAUCAAGAAGGGACGAUUGUGGAGGGCAGCUUAAUCGAUUUGAAAGGAGGUCCCGUUCUUGUACCUGGCUUAAUGCAACCAACUGAAAAAGAAGCUGAUCGAGGUGAAGUUGUUGAAGAAGAAAAGACCGCGAUAAAGUCUUUGACUGAAACUUUUGAAACACAUGAUCAGAUUAUACCAGAGGAUCAAGAAUCAGAUGAUGACACAGCAGAGGAGAUAAAUACAACAAUCAACGAUGAGCUGAGUUUCCACGAGGAGCAGUUUCAUUUAGCACCAACGAUGGAAGAAACGUCGAAUGCAGAGCCAAUUCAUGGUAAUGCCUUGCGAAAUGAUGUCGAGUGGGGCCGAGAAACUGUAAAGAAGUUUUUAACGAAAUUCGGGUUACUUUGAUGUCAACUUUUACAGAACCACUAGGAGGAAGUGCGUCGUUGAAAAGGGUUAUGAGUUCUGUGAUUGUUCUUAUCUUUUUGCCUAAAUUUUUAUUGGCCUGGAAAAGAUGGUUAAGAGCUCAAGGUGUUUCAUGGUGAUGAUGACUUAUUAGUUGUUGGAUUCAUGUUUUUUUUCUUGAAGAUAAUAAUGUUGUUGUAUAUUAUGCUGUCUUGUUACUUGGAUUGUACUAUUCUUUCAGUUUUGGCCACUUUUGUAUAGUGAUAUUGAAUUACAUAGAUUCUGCAUGGAUCCACUUAUGGACAA